UCCUCUUUCCUCGCUCAAGAUGGCGCUGCUCGCGAUCCAUUCUUGGCGCUGGGCAGCCGCGGGAGCUGCUUUCGAAAAGCGCCGGCAUUCAGCAAUUCUGUUUCGGCCCCUGGUUUCUGGGGGCGGCUCGAGUCGGCAGUGGAGGCUGGGUCAGCGUGGCGCAUCAGGAAGUGCUCGAAAGCACCAGAGCCCAGAAUUGUUAAGAAAUAGCACGUGGCAGAUAUGGGGAAAAGAUAAUUCAAGACAGUUAUUAGAUGCUACAAAGGCUCUCCAGUCAUGGCCACUGAUAGAAAAGAGAACAUGUUGGCAUGGUCACGCAGGAGGAGGACUCCACACAGACCCAAAAGAAGGGUUAAAAGAUGUUGAUACUCGGAAAAUCAUAAAGGCAAUGCUUUCUUAUGUGUGGCCUAAAGACAGGCCAGAUCUACGAGCUAGAGUUGCCAUUUCCCUGGGGUUUUUAGGAGGUGCAAAGGCCAUGAAUAUUGUGGUCCCCUUCAUGUUUAAAUAUGCUGUAGACAGCCUCAACCAGAUGUCGGGAAACAUGCUGAACCUGAGUGAUGCACCAAAUACAGUUGCAACCAUGGCAACAGCAGUUCUGAUUGGCUAUGGUGUAUCAAGAGCUGGAGCUGCCCUUUUUAAUGAAAUUAGAAAUGCAGUAUUUGGAAAAGUAGCCCAAAAUUCAAUCCGGAGAAUAGCCAAAAAUGUCUUUCUCCAUCUUCACAACCUGGAUCUGGGUUUCCACCUGAGCAGACAGACAGGUGCUUUAUCUAAGGCUAUUGACAGAGGAACAAGAGGUAUCAGUUUUGUCCUGAGUGCCUUGGUAUUUAAUCUUCUCCCCAUCGUGUUUGAGAUGACUCUUGUCAGUAGUAUUUUGUAUUACAGAUGUGGUGCCCAAUUUGCCUUGGUAACCCUGGGAACACUCGGUGCAUAUACAGCCUUCACAGUUGCAAUCACCCGGUGGAGAACUAAAUUUAGAAUAGAAAUGAACAAAGCAGAUAAUGAUGCAGGUAACGCCGCUAUAGAUUCACUGCUGAAUUAUGAAACUGUGAAGUAUUUUAAUAAUGAAAAAUAUGAAGCACAAAGAUAUGAUGGAUUUUUGAAGAGUUAUGAGAAUGCUUCAUUGAAAAGUACCUCUACUCUGGCUAUGCUGAACUUUGGCCAAAGUGCUAUUUUCAGUAUUGGUUUAACGGCUAUAAUGGUGCUCGCCAGUCAGGGAAUUGUGGCAGGUACCCUUACAGUUGGAGAUCUAGUAAUGGUGAAUGGACUACUUUUUCAGCUUUCAUUACCCCUUAACUUCUUGGGAACAGUAUAUAGAGAAACUAGACAAGCACUCAUAGAUAUGAACACCUUGUUUACUCUGCUCAAGGUAGACACCCGGAUUAAAGACAAAGAGAUGGCAUCUCCCCUUCAGAUAACACCCCAGACAGCUACAGUAGCCUUUGAUAAUGUGCAUUUUGAAUACAUUGAAGGACAGAAAGUCCUUAGUGGAGUAUCUUUUGAAGUCCCUGCAGGAAAGAAAGUGGCCAUUGUAGGAGGUAGUGGGUCAGGGAAAAGCACAAUAGUGAGGUUGUUGUUUCGUUUUUAUGAGCCUCAAAAAGGAAACAUUUACCUUGCUGGUCAAAAUAUACAAGAUGUAAGCCUGGAGAGCCUUCGGAGAGCCGUGGGAGUGGUACCUCAGGAUGCUGUCCUCUUCCAUAAUACUAUUUACUACAACCUCUUAUAUGGAAACAUCAAUGCUUCGCCUGAGGAAGUGCAUGCAGUGGCAAAAUUAGCUGGACUUCAUGAUGCAAUUCUUCGAAUGCCUUGUGGAUAUGACACCCAAGUAGGGGAACGAGGUCUCAAGCUUUCAGGAGGAGAAAAGCAGAGAGUUGCAAUUGCACGAGCCAUUUUGAAGAACCCGCCAGUCAUUGUCUAUGAUGAAGCCACGUCAUCAUUAGAUUCAAUUACUGAAGAGACUAUUCUUGGUGCCAUGAGGGAUAUGGUCAAACACAGAACUUCUAUUUUCAUUGCACAUAGAUUAUCAACAGUGGUUGAUGCAGAUGAAAUAAUUGUCUUGGAUCAGGGUAAAGUAGCUGAACGUGGUACCCACUACAAUUUGCUUGCUAACUCUAGCAGUAUCUAUUCAGAAAUGUGGCAUACUCAGAGCAGCCGUAUGAAUAACUAUGGUAACUCCAAAUGGAAUGCACAGAAAGAGAAUAUGUCCAAGGAGGAAGAAAGGAAGAAACUACAAGAAGAAAUUGUCAAUAGUGUGAAAGGCUGUGGAAACUGUUCCUGCUAAGUUAUAUGAAUCUUUCUUCCUCCAUCCCUCUCUCUCCCCUUCCUCUCUUUCUUUCUCCCUCCUCCCCUCUCCUCUUUCUUUCUUACCACUCAUUUGCACUGAAGCAGAAUUGUUUAAUUAAAAUCAUACAUUCCCACUUGCUAUAAUCCUUUUAAGUAGGACUUUAUUUUUAGGUUUUGAGUUUUAUACCUUUCCGUCUAACAUGGCAUCUGUAUCCCCAAAUUAUUUUCUUGCUAUAGCCCUAGUUGUGCUCAAUACAUAAAUUUUGUUACAUUUUUACUUUACUCUGUUGUUCUUUUUGAAGUUCUGACAUCCAUUUGAUACCCAUAACCAGAUGAAUCAGAUUGAUGUUCAAAUUUUUGCAGUUUUUAAAAACCCCUUUAUGCUGACAAUUUGUAGAAAAGGGUCAUUUUCUUAAAACUGAAGCAAAAGAGAACAGGAUACAUUUAUUGUCUCUUCUCUAUCCCCUCCAAUUGAAAUACUUUAUUGAUGUGAAAAUUAGUUUAUGAACAAAUUUAAGGUUAGGACUUAUCAGAAAUAGGCAUUUAUAAUUUUGAUGUCUUCAAAAAUACCUAUGCUUACAGUUUUUUAAGUGUUUCCAGUUAUAUACUUUUUAGAGGGAACAUUUUUAUUUUCAUGUUGAGGUAGAGAAACAAAGUGUUGCAAACCAAAUUUAUGCAUUUUUUUCUUUACAUACUUAUAAACCCAGGUGUCAUUUGAGAGUUGCUAUAUUGGGAGUGAUCUGAAAGUUUAGGAACUUAAUGGCCUUUUCUAAUUUCCGUCUUAGAUGCACUGAUUUUUGCAUCUGGAGUUAUACAAACAAAUAAGUAGAAUGUUAUGCAUGUACCCACAUAUGGGUAUGUACCUGCUCAUGAAUGUUUAUUAAUUGCUGUCCACUUAAACAUUAUUGAAAAUGUUUGAUAAAUAAGAAAGAUUAAAUAUAUACAUACAUAUGUAUACAUACACAGGCACUCUUUAAAUGACCUAGACUCUCAAUCAGUAUUGACACUUCAGAAUUCCUUCAUUAUAAGGUCUUCUACUUUUUUCACUAAUUUAAUGAGUUCCUUUAAGCCUGAUGAAACAAGGAGCCUACGCAAUAUAGUCAAGUUCCACCUGAAAUAAAAAGAAAACAAACCUUACCUGCUAGGAUUAUUUAGAUGGCAUGUACCUGUAGCUCAAGGAGCUUAGGAAGCUGAGCCGGGAGGAUCACUGAGCCCAGGAGUUUGAGGCCAGUCUAGUGACAUCCUGUCUCUUACAAAUUAAGGGAAAAAAAGAAAUUACACAUUUCUUUUUUCAAUGUGAAUUUGCUUUGUUUGACAGUAAUCAUUCAGUCUGAAAACUUACAUAUCUCAUGAAUUAAUGGCCCCAUAACCAUAAGUAAUGAGUUUUCUCAGGAAAAGUACUCAAAUAUUUGUUUUAUUGGUUUAUGGUUUUAAUAUGUGUUAAGUGAUUUAUUAAUAUAGGAAAGAUUAAUAGUUUUUUAUUUGUUGACAUUGUUGGAUAGCUAUCUGAAUUUGUCUAACAGAAGUGAAUACUUUUGUUACAUAAAGGCAAUUUGAUAAGUAACUUGAGGCCAGUAUUUUAUAUAUAGCCUUUGAUACUAGAAUAAGUGAUGUGACAUGUUGAAAUUAACACUGAGGUGCAUAAUCUGCAAAAUGAGGUGGUUUUGCUUUUUGACAUAUCUUAUUGUGAAGCCAUAGGUAUUAUUGCUAGUCUAAAGAGAAAACAGCACUUCCACUGAACAAAGCAGUUACAUUAUUAGAAAGGGUAAAACCUGGGUAGAAAUUUUGUUUCUACAUUAAUGCCUUCUAUACAUAUCCAGUGAUGCUGGUAAGAAAAAGAUUUAGUUUAGUUGCAUAAACAAGUGGGUAAAAAUUAAGUAAUCAUUACUGAUAAUUCCACUUGAAGUGUUUAUAGUGUUGUUAAAAGCAAGCAAUUUUGUGAUGCAGGGGAACAUUGAGUUCAAGAAGGUAGAACUGUUUUCAAGGUAGGAAUAAUUUUCCCCACUAAGACAUUUUGAAGCUGUUUUUCUUUUCAUGUGAUUGCAGGUGGUCCUUUAGGCCACUGUGGUCAUUAACCUGUAUUUUCAGCUAAUAAAAAGUAAAACUACCUGAAAAACACAGUUAUUAUAGAGGCCAUAACUACAUCUUAAGGACAUUUCUCUUAAAACCAAAAACCACGUCAUAUUAACAUGGUUCUGUGCAGAGAAAUAAUAGAUUAGUUGAAAGAAAAGCUUUUUAGGAUGAUUCACUCAUAGGAAAUGCCAAAAAAGGAACAUUUAAUUAUAAUGUACUAAUUUUACAUUACAAUAUUACAUGCUCACACAAAAGGACAAUGUGUAUAAAUUUUUUAAUUCAGUGUUGGAACAAUGUUUUUAAUGUAUCAGGAUGAAUAAGCUACAGUUUUAGAAUUUGAGCUCUGAAAAUGAACUAAGAUGAUAGGGAUGUAAUUCUUGUACUCCUUUAUUUUAAAGAUUGGAACAUUUACUUUCUAAAGUAAUCCAAGUUUACAGAAAUUAAGUUGAAACCAAGGUAAAGUGGGUUGGGAUUGAAAUGGACUAGGUUCCAUUCUGGAGGUUUGUCACAUGGAAAUAUUUUGAUGAGCGGAUGAGCUCAUUUGGAAGUCUUUGGACAGCUCAAGUCAGGGUCACUAGGGAUAAUCACAGAGUCCUUCACAUUUGGACAUGAACAAGCUCACAAAAUGCAUUUCCUUUUCCUCUGCAGGGAUGUGUACUUUUUACAUACCUUAAGAUUGUUAUUUUGUCUUAUUCUUCGAUGUUGACAAAGGUCACUUUGUGAAAAUGGUUGUUUCUAAAAUAUGUUUUGUUUAAAAAGGUAUUUAAAAAUUGUGUGAUUCAAAACUUCACUCAGAGACAUUGGGAAAAGAUGUGUGAUUCCUUGUUUUUGGAACCCUUUGUUCUGUUAAUGCUGCCAUAUUGCUCCUAUCUUUCCUACUUGUUCAGUGUGUCAGCAAGUAGCCAUUUUUGCCAGUGUAUGUUCAUAAUUCUCUUACCUUAUAACUUUAUUUCAGGAUAUGCUGUUGUGAAUUUGUAGCUGAAAGUAUUUAAAUAAGUUUGCAAUUGCAGUUUCUUAAAUUAUUAGGACGUCUCAUUUUUUCUUUCUUUGAAUAUAUACAUUUUUGAAUGUAAGCUUUAUGGUCAAUCACAAUAUUAAGCCAAAUAACCUGUAUAAAACUGGUUAAGACAAAACAACUGAACCAAGGAAUCCCUUACCACAGUUCUGUUGUUUAUAGCAACCUGUGUGGAUAAUCAUUACUAAAUAAACAUAUGUCUUUGUGAUUAGAAA